GUAAAUUUAAAUUACAAAUCAAGGGUAAAUCUAAAUUAUAAAGGAUAGGGGGAGGGAAAAUUUAACUCUUUUACGUUUAGGAAAACCCCACCUGAAAAAAACUCCACAAACAGAUUAAAAAUCUCACCUAUAGUCCAUUUUUCAACUUAACUGAGUCUCAAGAAACAAUCUUUUAACCUUUUUUUUUUCCUUUCAAGAAUUCACCUUUUAGGGAAAAAAAAACUCCAAAAACAGAUUAAAAAUCUCACCCUUAGUCCAUGUUUCAACUUAAUUGAGUCUCAAGAUACAAUCUUUUAACCUUUUUUUUUCUUUCAAGAAUUCACCUUUUAGGAAAAAAAACUCCAAAACAGAUUAGAAAUCCCACUUUUUUUUUCAAUAUUUUUCAGUUUACUAGCUCACAAAAAUAUUCAAGAACAAGUGGAGAAAAAGAUGUCAUUUAUAUUAGGGGUUGUAAUUGGAAUAGUAUUUGGAGUUGGUAUAAUAGUUGCUUUUGUUAAAUCUGAAAAUGGUCGAGCCAAACAACGUAUUGAUCUGUUAUUUUGUAGAAGGAGAGCUUUGGCCUAACUGAUAAAGUUGCUGCAUGUGACCUCUUCGAGUCCUAUAAAUAGCCUUUUGUAGAAAUGCAAGGCUAGUGGAAUUGCUGCAUUUGCUAGGAUGAAAGUGGAUGAUUCAAGAAAGAUCUUCACACCUGAACAAUACCCUUCUUGGGUUGUUUUCUCAAAUCAACAAAAGUUGACGUGGCUAAAUUCUCAUCUUGAAAAGCUCUGGCCAUAUGUGGAUGAGGCAGCGUCAGAACUAGUAAGGUCAAGUGUGGAGCCAAUUUUGGAACAAUAUAGGCCCGUAAUUUUGGCGUCGUUGAAAUUUUCAAAGUUCACUCUUGGUACAGUUGCUCCACAAUUCACAGGGAUUUCUAUUAUUGAAGAUGGAAGUGAGGGUAUUACUAUGGAACUAGAGAUGCAAUGGGAUGGGAACCCGAGCAUAAUACUCGAUAUCAAGACUUAUGUUGGUGUAGCAUUACCAGUGCAGGUGAAAAACAUCGGCUUUACCGGUAUUUUCAGGCUCAUCUUCAGGCCACUUGUUGAUGAGUUUCCUUGCUUUGGAGCUGUAUGUUAUUCUCUAAGGCAGAAGAAAAAGCUGGAUUUUACUCUUAAAGUAAUUGGUGGUGACAUGACAGCCAUUCCUGGUCUUUCUGAUGCAAUUGAGGGAACUAUCCGGGACGCUAUUGAAGACUCUAUCACAUGGCCGGUUCGAAAAGUUAUUCCCAUUUUACCUGGGGAUUAUAGUGACCUUGAACUGAAGCCUACCGGAGUAUUGGAGGUGAAACUUGUUCAAGCAAAGGAGUUAACAAAUAAAGACCUCAUUGGAAAAUCUGAUCCUUUCGCUGUACUAUAUGUACGCCCUCUACGAGAUAGAAUGAAGAAGAGCAAAAUAAUUAACAACGAUUUGAACCCAAUCUGGAACGAGCAUUUUGAGUUCAUAGUUGAAGAUCCGCUGACACAAUACUUGACGGUAAAAAUCUAUGACGAUGAAGGGAUUCAGUCAGCUGAAUUACUUGGAUGUGCUCAUAUCCGUUUGAAUGAACUUGAGCCCGGUAAAGUGAAGGAUGUCUGGUUGAAGUUGGUGAAAGAUUUGGAGAUUCAGCGAGACCAGAAAAAUAGGGGCCAGGUGCACUUGGAGCUAUUGUACUGCCCUAAUGGAAUGAACAAUGCGCUAAGUAACCCUUUUGCUCAGAAUGAGUCAAUGACUUCAUUAGAAAGAGUUCUUCAAACCGGGACAGAAGGAAAAGAAGCUAGUCCAAAUGGAAGUGAAAUCAACAAAAGAAGAGAGGUAAUAGUACGAGGGGUACUUUCUGUUACAGUGAUAUCAGCUGAUGACCUGCCCCCAGCUGAUAUAGGGGGGAAGGCUGACCCCUACGUCGUGCUGAUUAUGAAGAAAGCACAAAUCAAGAACAAAACCAGGGUCGUAAAUGAAAGUCUAAAUCCAGUCUGGAAUCAGACUUUUGACUUUGUUGUUGAGGACGGAUUACAUGAUAUGCUAAUUCUGGAAGUCUGGGACCAUGACACAUUUGGGAAGGAUUUCAUGGGAAAAUGCAUACUGACUUUAACAAGGGUUCUAAUGGAAGGUGAAUACAAAGACACAUAUGAACUAUCGGAGAGUAAAUCAGGAAAACUGAACUUGCAUCUGAAAUGGAACGCACAGUCACUAUACAGGGACUCCCAAUGAUGAACAUCAAACUUCAGUUUUAUAUUCUUGUUAGUUUUGUACAGGGAGUAAAGUUUCCUCGAUUUCCUAAUUGAUUGGGAACGACAGCAUAUAAUCAAAUAUUUUCUGUACAGUAUUUUGUUACAGCAGAAGAGAGAUACUGUAAAGCUGUGAAACUGCUAAAGAGAAACUGAAGUUGAAGCUGGACAAGAAUAAAAAGGAGUGAUUUGUCAAGUAGGAUAUAUAGAUAUUGUUAUAUUGUACUUGCUAGUACCUGGACUUCUUACUUUUGUGGCAGUGUUGCUUUUUUGGAAGUU